CUGGUGAUCCUCCUGUCACCGCGUCCGUGCUCUGCCUGCUUUCCAGCGUAGAACAUGCAUGGAACUGAACCUCUAGCUAGAUAAUAUUCAUUCAAAAAAGAUCAUAUAUAAAAGGGAAAAAAGCAAAAAGAAAGGUUUGCAGACUGAUUUGGCAUUUUGCAGCAUAUGGAAGAUACGUUCAGAGCUUGCAUGUAGAAAUAAGGGCAUGGAGCGCUCCUGAUCGGCAAGCAGAGCCAUCCGUGCCUCAUCUCGGAUCCGUGUCGAUGUCUGGAGGUCUGGCCAUGUCUGCAAGAGAAAAAGGAAUUCAAACCAAGGACAGUGUCAGCCUGCUCCCUUGUUUCUAUUUCGUUGAGCUGCCUAUCCUGGUGUCGUCUAUGGUCAGCUUGUACUUCCUGGAGUGGACAGAUUUGUUCAAGCCAGUGAAGUCUGGCUUUAACUGUCAUGACCGCAGUCUGAGCCUACCUUACAUUGACCCUAAUCAUGAGGUCAUCCCUUUGCUGAUGCUACUUAGCUUGGCUUUUGCAGGACCUGCCAUCACGAUCAUGAUCGGGGAGGCCAUCCUAUUUUGUUGUCUUUCUCGAAGAAAAAGUCGUUCUGGAGCAGAGGCGAACAUCAACGCAGCUGGCUGCAACUUCAACUCUUUCAUUCGGCGAGCAAUUCGUUUUAUUGGUGUUCAUGCAUUUGGUCUUUGUGCGACCGCCCUCAUCACGGACAUCCUCCAGUUGAUGACGGGCUACCCAGCCCCCUACUUCCUCACAGUUUGUAAACCCAACUACACCACUCUAAACAUCAGCUGUGAGCAGAACCCUUACAUCAUGGACGAUAUCUGCUCCGGGGUGGAUGCUGUCGCAAUAAACCGGGGCAGAAAAUCAUUCCCAUCCCAGCACGCUACUCUGGCAUCUUUUGCAGCUGUCUAUGUUUCGAUGUACUUCAACAGCACACUGACAGACUCAUCCAAAUUGCUCAAGCCCUUGCUGGUCUUCUCCUUCAUCAUCUGUGCUAUAAUUUGUGGUCUGACUCGGAUUAUUCAGUACAAGAACCAUGCCAUUGAUGUCUAUCUGGGAUUUCUGCUUGGUGGAGCCAUUGCUGUCUACCUGGGUUUGUAUGCAGUUGGAAAUUUCCUCCCAAGUGAAGAGCAGAACAGUAGCCUCCCUUCCCAGCCUCACUGCCCCACCUGCUCCAUACCACACAUUAGCCAAGAGGCAGUCCUUCAUCACCUGCAAAUGAAAGCCAGCGCAUCGGUGGAGCCCGGCCUGCCCGCCUCCCAAUCUGAAGGCCUUCUGCAUCGGGGUCUUCCGCAACAGAAGGGCGACGAUAGCUUGAAGUGCUCAGGCAGGGAUGCGGAUGGGCUCUCGUCCCACAGCCCACGCAGCAAAGAGACCGUAGUGACCUUUAGCCAUACUCUCCCUCGCGUCCACACACCGCAGGCCAUAGCGGCGUACGAGGAAGCGGCCAGACGUCACGCUGCGACCCUUCACCACGCCUCCAUGGAUUCGAGCCGUUCAAAGCAGCUUUUGUCACAGUGGAAAAGUAAAAACAACCAUAAAUGCACUCUCCAGGUGCCCGAUUGUUUCCCCCCUUCAGCAGACUUACCUGUUCAGCCCUCUCAGCAUCCUCACCACCACGGCAGCAUGGAGGUCCGAUCCAGCUCCAAACCGUCGGCAAUGGGUCUGGAGGCAAGUUUUGAAGCUCACGCAUAUUUGUCCAAACUGGCCACAGGAGCAAGUACCACUUUGCCGAGUAACUGCAGUGGUAUAACGGGAGGAACCAGAAUGUUGAUGCAACCGAGACCUGGGUCUUCACAACUGGUCCACAUUCCGGAAGAAUCACAUGAAAAUUACCACAAUACCUCCCCCAAAACAGGAGGAGAAGAUAGUCUUUCUUCAGUAGAUGGCACAGUUCAGGGAAAUUGGCAAAGGGCUGCUGAGAAGACGGCGAUUUGCAGGACUAACGACGAAGGGAAGAAAGCCCAGCCUCGAAUCAUGCAAGUGAUCGCUAUGUCGAAACAGCAAGGGCUCCUUCAGACCCAUUCCAAAAGCUUGGAUGAAAGCAGCACUGUCGCAGGUUCCCAGAGCUUGGCUCACUACAGAGCUCUUAAUCCUGACAAGGAUCCGGGUAGCACCACAGGACCCAGUUCUCUGGGCAGUACCACAGGAAGUGUCUCAGGCAGCACCGGAGCGAUCGUCCGAAUAGAAGCACACCCUGAAAACAACAAACCGGUCAUCCAAGCUCCUUCCAAUGAUGGAAGUGGAUCGUGGCGGUGGCGAUCUCUGGAUCACGGCAAUGGAGCUGUCGUAGGGCAGGGGAGCACAGGAAGCGGGAGUUUGAGGCAAUCCUUCGAUCUCAACGAUCUGAACAGAGACUCCGAAAGCUCAGACUCUGUACGAGAAGGUUCGAUUGACAGGAAGCGUACUUAUACCACCUCUGUCACCCCGCCCACCGUUACUGUUCAUACAAGCCAACCAGAGCAGAAGCUCCAUAAUCAGAGCCUGUCUACUAUUAGAGUCACUCCGGGAGAUGUUAGUGGGGCCGGAUCUGGAGACACAGCUUCAGAAAUACCCUCGCUGGCCUCCAGUCGAGAAUCCACACUACGGCGAAAAGGCCACAAUGUCAUCCUGAUUCCAGAGAGAGGAAGCAGUCCGGAUAUCACCCGGAAUGUUUUCUACAAGGGAGCAUCCAUACCUAAUAAGGAAUAAUGCACAGAGUGACUGAUGGAUUCAGGCCCAUAUGUGAUCAUGAAGCAUGAUUUGUUUAAUCAAAGUCGUUUUUCUCCUCCCUUGGUGCAGUUGCCAAACACAGUAACUAAGUUUCAGUAAGGUCUUGGUGCGAUGCCAUGACAAUCUCCCUUGAGCCGCUCCACCUGAUAAAUGGAAAAAAAUAAUCAGGCUGGAGCUUAUAUGGCGACUUAACUGGAGCUAGUCAACAAUUAAAUGGCUGACUGUUUAAACCUGCCUUUGGUUUAACAUACAUGCAUUUAGCAUGACAUCCUUCAAGCGACACAUGCAAAGGACAUCUAAAUAAAAUAUAUACUGUAGCCUAGUAGAUCGUGAAGGUAUGAGCAAAGGACAUUUUUGCUCGUUGUGUUGCACUCACAACUCCAGUCAACAGUCUUCCUAUCGACAUUCUUGCUCCCUUCGCUAACCAAUAAAAAAAAGCAAUGUCACACUGUUUGUAUUGUUCCGUUGAAAUUUUUAGCGUGAAAAUGAACAGUACGAGCAAAUUGCAUUCUUACACAAUAUUACCAAUCAUUAUAUAUACCAUUAAAAAUUAUUUACGUAGCAUGAGAUUUUUGUAAACAAAGCACAACCUUUUAAGUGUUGACAGAAAUAAUCACUGUGUACUUUGUAGCCACCAAGGACACUUAUUUUAUGAUCUGUGAUUUACCAGUGGUGUCGAUGGAUUUUUUUAAACAGCUCUGUACGUUUUAUGAAUAAAAAAAAAGUCAGUAUUAAAAUAAAAAUACAUGCUUUUCAGAAUUUGAAUACUGCAAAGAAAUGACGUUGAUGUUUGUGAGAGCAGUUCCGACAAGGUUGUUGUUUUUGAUGAAGGGUGCUAUACCAGAAGAUAUUAUCUUAUUGUCAUGAAAAUCUAUGUACAAAGUAAAAACAAGCAAACAACGAUAACAGAACAAAAUCAUUUUUAUAUUUUGGCUGUGGAUAAGCACGCAAGAGAAAAUUUUGAACCAUAAGUGUGCUUAGUAUUCCUUCUGUAGCUUUGAAAUCAAAUAAGCUGUCACUUGCACUGAAAGUGUUUACUCUCCCUUGUACUACAUGCUGUAGGACCAUAUCAUUAUAUCCAAUGCGUUAGUAUAAUUAGAUGAGGUUGUUUUU